UAAUUGAAUAAUAUCAUAAUAACAUCGAUAUUUGUUUCAUUGCUGUUUUUGAGGAUUUUUACUAGUUAAUUGGACAACAUUAUCAUGGAAGCAUAAAAUGUUGACUUCAAAAGAGCCUUCCAACACUAAUAAAAGUCGCACUCCAAGUCGGUGUAGAGAAUGGGAACGUCAGAGGCGUCUUAAAUUUAAUGAUGCUAUUUCUAAAUUAGGAGAUUUGGUAAAAAGUAUUAAUCGAGAAAAUGGAAGUGAUAUGGGUGAUAAACCUGGCAAUACUCAGUAUCCUAAAAUUGAAAUAAUCCAAAAGGCCAUUCUUUGCUUGACAAAUUUUUCAGAGGAGAAAUCAAAACUUAAAGCAGAAGUGUUAGCGUUAGAAGUAAAACUGCAAGGGAUUGAAAAAGAAAAACAUAAUAAGAAAGAUGUUUGUGUACAAGUUACUAUUGGUGCAAUUAAAAAUAAACAAAGUAGUAAAUAUCUCAAGCUAUUAAUGUUGAAGAAAUCAAAAAAUAAUAAUGCCAGCCAAAAAGAGAAAAAUAAAAGUGAAAUUAAAAUUUCUCCAAAACCCAGGAAACCUUUGUCACAAUUACCUAAGCUUUUACCAUUGACAAACAAUAUUAAAAAAGACAACACAUUUGUUAUGGUACCAGCUACUCCCUACAUUUUUCCUCAAAGACCUAUAUUAUUCCCUACAGCUCAACCAACCAUAGUUUUAUUAGACACAAACUUACAACCAUUGCAAAAACAACCUCUCGUAAAUAGGAACACAAAUGAUAUGACUAAAACUACAAUGGUUAAUGUGCUCCCUAUAACAGCAUAUUCCCAUCCACCAUCUGCAACAAAAACUAAAAGAAAUAAUUCUAAGCCUAAAAAUGUUACUAAGAAAAGUAUUAAGAAAGAUAAAUGCGAAAAAAGUACUGGAACAGUAACUUCUGAGAGUGAUAAAAAAAGUGAUGAAGACCCAGUUACUGAAAUUUCUAAAGUCCAAGAAAAUUCUAAAAGUAGCCCAACGAAAAUAGUUCCUGAAGAACCACCAGAAUCAAAAAGACAUGGAGAAAAUAAAACAAAUGACAACAAUAAUCCUGUGACAAGUGAACCAAAAUCAAAUGAAUUGAACAUAACUAACAAAAAUGAUAGUGACAUUGCAUCUGAACUAAAUUCAAAAAAUACCAAUGAAGUGAAAUUAGCCAAUAUAUCUCCAAAAGAAAAGACCUUACCUGAAUGUAAUACAGAAACUUCCAAUAAAGAUUCUGAAGUUAAAGCAAAUACAAGUGACCCUGUUAUAUUAAAUAAGACUUCAGAUCAAAAAGAAAUCGAAAAUAAAUGCAAAGAAAACAAAUUGCCAACUAUUUUAGACACAUCAAUAUGUGAAAAUGUUGUUGAUGGAGGAAACGCGCGAUUGGAAUUAGCUGAAGAGUUUCUUGCUGCUUCACCGACGGCCGCAUUUCUUAUGUCCUUCCCAUUGGUUAGUGGCAAUAGAGCUGAUAGCCCUACAGAAGAAGCACCUCAAAGCACUCCUGUUAAAGAAAAUACAUGUAGAACUGAAUUACAAUCUCAAAAUUAUUUUGAAAAAUCAACAAAUAAUAAAUUAAAAUCAAGCAGUAAACCUCAAAAUGUAUCUAAUGAUGUAAAUAAGACAAUGAAUUCUGAUAAAGUUCAAAAUGAUAAAAUAUUUAAUAAGCCUGUUAGUACUAAAGCUCCAACCAUAACUUCAUCGUCGAAUGUUACAAAUGAAAAUCCAUUUUUAAAUUUGCCUUUACCAACAAUAAUUUCUACUACUUGUGCUCUGACUGAUACGGCUUUCGGUUUAGAUUUUGAUUGCAAUAUUAGUAAAACAACAACAAGUCAACCUGCAAAUUACGUUACUAGUAACAGUUUAUUUUACAAAAGUGAUCCUUUAGGAGCGGUUAAAAAUACAGUUUACAGUACAAGCAGUCUUUCAUCUGGGCAUGAGUAUAACAGCCUCGGUCUUUAUCCUUGUGCCGUCGACAAUUAUACAACCAAAAAUAAAACCGAUUUCUCAAAUAUUGAAGAUAAUUUAAUGAAAAUAAACACAUCUAGACUAACAUAUGAUAUUGAUUUAGGUUGGUCGCAUAAAAGUCUAGAUUUUGUGAAUUGUACUACAAAUUCUAAUACCCUUCACAAAGACAAUAUUUUCACUUCAACUGCUCCAACAUAUACAAGUGCAUAUAAUCCGUUUAAUCCGGAAUUUCAUGUAUCUCUUUCUAAUCCAGUUAAGAAAGAUAUGUUACCUACAAAAACCACAUUUUCUGAAGCUAUUACUAGCUUUUAUUCCCAAACAGGUAAUCUAUGGUCUGACGAUAUUACCUCUAUCUAUACAAAUAGUACGCCAAACAAAAAUUUGCCUACGAAACAAAAUAACUAUACUACAGCAGAUAUUAAUCAGACAAACACUUUAAAAACAAGUGUCCCAAAGCAUUAUAAUACUAAACAUAUGCCUGGGCCUGCGGAAAAUAAUAUAAAACCCAAUACGACCGUAGCAGGUAAUCAACAUAAUAUUCCUGAUAAAUAUACCAAGAAAUCUCCCAGUAAAAUGCACAUUAACUGGAUGACAUCCGAAACGAGAUCGACACAAAAUAAUUGUGAUCCAAUGCAUGGAGAAGUUAAAGAAAAUUACAAACCAUCGUAUGGACAGCCGAGCAUCACUUCUAAGAAAAUCACUCAAAGUGAUAACAAUUAUUUUCCUAUUAAUAUGCAUCACUUUCCAUCUCAAACAAGCCAUGAAGAAUUGCAAAUGUGGCCAUCUGCUAAGCCAGCGGGAACUGCUGAAAUAAGUAUCGAACCACCUCCUAUCCAUUUGCCAACUUUAGUAGGUGAUUUAGCCUUAGGACCACAUGACAAAAAAAGAAAUGAUAUUUUAAACCGAUCACAUCAAACAGCAGAUCAGGCUUGCACAAAUUUCCUCUCUGUUACACAACUAAUGAACAGGUCAUCUGAUAAUAUGACUGUGCGAUCUCAUGGAGCUGCUGUUGAGACCAAAACUAAUGUGAAAAAUAAUUUAAAUCAAAUAGUUACCGAUAAUAAUCGUAAGUCCAUGAAUCACCGCGUCGAGAUUAAUCCACAACAUUGUUAUGGUUUUAAUGAUGCAAAAGUAUCAAAUCAUUUCGAGCCGUUGAACCAGUUUUCUCACACUAAAUCGAAGAAUAAUAAAUCGGAAAAAAAUUCAAAAAUGCAAAAAAAUAAUUACUCAGCUGAAGCAUUGAUACGAGGAGGUACUUGUAACCAGAAAGCUCUCGAUCACACAAACGCAAAAUUUAUGGUGCCACCACAGAAAUUUUGUGAUUUCAAUAUAGCACAAGACAGCAGUGUCGCUCAAGUAUCACAUUAUCCACCUAUACUAGAUUAUUCGGAAAAUAGUUAUGCAGGGCAACAAUAUUCAGGUACUACUUUAUAUAAUACAACAGCCAAUACGAUACCCAAUUCUUUCUACUCGAAUUUCAUGCAAAGUGGAAGCAAUUUAAUGCCAACAAGUUAUACUGGCGCGCCAUUUACAGGGGAAUUUAUAGAUUACAAUAAUCAAUCUCUUGAAUGCAAUUACUCUAAUCCAAAGUAUGACGAUACAAAAGCAAGAAAUAACGCAAGUUUUCAACAUGACAAAACUACUAGAAGAGAUGCUGCAAAGCAUAAACUUGAGUGUACAAAAAAGGAUACGACUAAAAAGUAUCCCACAAAAAGAGCCAAACUGAACGCCGAGUCUGAUGAUUGGGUAGAUAAUAGUCAUUUACUAUGGCAAAAUAAAACAACACAUAAGAGACAUGCAAAUAUGAUUUCGGAAGAGAUACAAUUUCCCAAUUUUGUAAGCAAUCAAAUGCCAACACAGUAUCAGCCAGAUUUCUUUAACAGCCAUCUAAUGCCCGCAAACGUACAGAAUGUAGGCCAUACCUCAGAACGAUCUGUUUCAACGUUCCCCGUUGCAUCGCGAGGGAAUUUCAAUCUUAGUGCAUUAUUUCCAGAAAUAACAAUGAAAGUCCAAUAAUAAGAUUUGAUGUGGUUUUACGUAUACGCAAGAAACUGUUUAUCUGUGAUUCUCUUUAUUUAUUGUAUAUUGAUUGAUAACAUAGUAUAAUUAUUUUAAAUAAAUUUAAUAUAAAGUU